AAAUUAAACUUAAUUAAAAAAAAAUAAAUAAUAAAAAUCAACAUUAAAGCCUCAUCUUUCCUCUGGAAAUUAAAAUCUAGCGGACAGUGAGUGCAGCCCCUGCUGUUCUUUUUCCGCCGUUGUCGCCGUGGCGUGAGGCAACCGGCGCAGCCUCCUAAAGGACGGAUUGCACAUGCAGAGCCCAGCUCCUGAGCACCCUGGCAGCGGCUGGUGGCAGACUGGUGUCACGAUGAGCAGCAACGGCGGCAGAGAUGUUUGUGUGCCCUGAGUGAAGGCUCUGGCACCGGACACAGUCAAGCAGAAUAUACUCUGAUGUGGUGGAGGAUAUGAUGGAGCUGCUAGAAGAAGAUCUGACCUGCCCCAUUUGCUGUAGCCUGUUUGAUGAUCCUCGUGUCCUGCCCUGUUCACACAAUUUCUGCAGAAAGUGUCUGGAAGGAAUUCUUGAGGGAAAUGUGCGGAAUGUGCUUUGGAGGCCAUCCCCUUUCAAGUGCCCCACAUGCAGGAAGGAGACUCCUGUCACUGGAGUCAACAGCUUGCAGGUCAACUAUUCCCUGAAAGGUAUCGUGGAGAAGUACAACAAAAUCAAAGUAACUCCAAAAAUGCCUGUGUGCAAAGUGCACAGCGGACAACCCCUUAACAUUUUUUGCCGGACAGACAUGCAGCUGAUCUGUGGGGUUUGUGCCACCCGUGGUGACCACACAAAGCACGUUUUCUGUUCCAUUGAGGAAGCUUAUUCCCAGGAGAAGCGGGCUUUUGAAACCUUGUUUCAGGGCUUCGAAACUUGGCGUUGUGGAGAUGCCCUCUCACGGCUGGAUACCUUAGAGACCAGUAAGAGGAAAGCUCUGCAGAUGCUGACGAAAGAUUCUGACAAAGUGAAGGAGUUCUUUGAGAAGCUGCAACACACAUUGGAGCAGAAGCGAAAUGAGAUCCUGUCUGACUUUGAGACCAUGAAGCUUGCAGUGAUGCAGGCCUACGAUCCGGAAAUCAAUAAACUGAACACGAUUCUACAAGAGCAGCGGAUGGCUUUUAACAUUGCAGAGGCCUUCAAAGAUGUGUCUGAACCCAUCAUAUUUCUGCAACAGAUGCAGGAGUUCAGGGAAAAAAUUAAGGUGCUCAAAGAAACCCCUUUACCUUGUUCCACUGUGGACAUCAGUCCCACAAUGAAGAGCUUUGAUACCAGCCAGUGGAAUGGAAUAAAACUUGUUGAUGUGGACAAACUUUCCUUGCCUCAGGAAAGCAACACUUUCAAAUUCAAGAUUCCCUCAGUCUUUUCACGCAGAUUUAUAGUGAACUCUCUUAUUUUCUUGCUCAUUCUUGCAGUCACCAGAAUGUCCUUUGUGGAGUCAGUCAUUGACAAUCUCCAGUGCUGGAAAUCUCAGUUCCUUACAAUUUGUUUGUCCUAUUUGGCAGAUACUGUGGAGAUAGCAGAUCAUGCAGUCUUUUACUGGGAACAGAUGACAGAUGGAGCCUCACUUUUAAGAGAAAAGUGUAAAAACUAUACGUUGGUUGUACUGGAUAACGUUGCACAGUUUGUGUGCAAAUAUAAACUGUUGUGAAGAGUCUGCUGGAAUA